GAGCUGGCGGCCACUUCCGGUUACAUGACGACUGCGCCGUUGAUACAAAAAGAGAGAAGGAAAACACAAGGAAAAUCUCUUUCUUAGCGAAACAACAGAGAUCGCACUGAAAAGGACAGUUUGACCGUGUUGUCUUUGGGACAAUAUUACUAACAUCCCAUCUGAUACCAUUGCUAGGGAAAAACCUUUAGAAGAUUACCAAUAUUUUGGAGUUUAUUGUUUUUCGCCUGUUCCGUCCUGCUAAGCUAUUUCUCUGUUGCAUCGCAUACCCAAGCUAGCCACGGCUGGCUAACGCUUACUGCCAGUUUCUCUGUACGUCCUCAGCUCUUAGUUUUAAAAGGAUUUUUGGACGAAAACAGAAAGCUGCUGUUGAUCCGCUGACUUGCUGCUGGACUUUGCUUAUCUUCUUUAGUUCAGUAGCCUCGGUUGGAUGAGAAUGGCAACGUCGGCUUUGUACGCCUGUACGAAGUGUAACCAGCGGUACCCUUUCGAGGAGCUGUCGCAGGGCCAGCAGCUGUGCAAGGAGUGUCGCAUCGCACACCCAAUAGUUAAGUGUACAUACUGCAGAUCCGAGUUUCAGCAAGAGAGUAAAACAAAUACAAUCUGCAAGAAAUGUGCCCAGAACGUCAAACAAUUCGGAACGCCAAAACCUUGUCAGUACUGUAACAUCAUUGCAGCUUUCAUUGGAACCAAGUGCCAGCGUUGUACAAACUCAGAAAAGAAGUAUGGACCUCCACAGACCUGUGAGCAGUGCAAACAGCAGUGUGCUUUUGACCGUAAAGAGGAAGGCAGGAGAAAGGUUGAUGGGAAACUGCUUUGUUGGCUCUGCACGCUGUCAUACCGCCGUGUCCUGCAGAAAACCAAGGAGCAGAGGAAGGGCUUCGUUUCAUCCAACUCCUCGUCCCUGAACGAGAAAGAUCAUCACUCCAGAACACAUCACCACCACCACCACCACCAACCUCAUCACCACCACAGACACAGCAGUUCUCACCACAAGUUAAGUGGGAGCUUGAGUCCUGAGCAGGAGCCGGGACUGUGGAAGCAAAGCCAUAAAUCGUCUUCAAUCCAGAAGGAGACUCCAAAGAAGAAACCAAAAUUGGAGAUGAAGCCAUCUAAUGGGGACAGUUCCAUUACCCAGUCAAUGGAUUCUGGAGGAACAGACAACUUUAUUCUCAUCAGCCAGCUGAAAGAGGAAGUGAUGUCUCUGAAGAGGCUUCUGCAGCAAAGGGAUCAAACUAUUCUGGAGAAAGACAGAAAGCUCACAGAGCUAAAAGCAGACUUUCAAUAUCAAGAGUCAAACAUGAGAGUCAAGAUGAACCAAAUGGAGAAGGCACACAAAGAGGCCAUGGAGCAACAACAGGGCAAGAACAGGGAGCUGAUGAAACAAGUGGCCGCCCUUUCAAAGGGCAAAAAGUUUGACCGGGCAGGAAGUUCGCUGCUGGUGCCCUAACAAUAGGCUGGCCAGAGAGCAACAAGGCAGAGCGGCUUCAUUUUUGUGACACUGUGAAAGUCUCCCUCCUGUGUUUCCUCAUUUCCAUUACUAUUGGUUACUUACUGAUUGGUCAAACCAAAAGUACCAGGUUUUAACAUGACCAGAGGUCUGUUUUUAAAUUGAACAAACCCUUUUUUGUUCUUUUAAAUGUUGAAAUAUUUUAGAUAUAUUUUUUUGGACGACUUUCCCUCAGGAAAAAAACGAUGGGACUUUGAUAUCAUGGAUUAUGGACACGUCAUUUCUAACACUGCCAGGCCAUAAACGGAAAAAGCAUGGGUUGCUUGUGUGGAUGGCAUUCCGGUUUCACAAUGUAUCCACUUAAUUUUUUAUCGAUAUCACAUUUAUUUAUUCAGCUGCAUUUCUUAGCUUUUUUUCCCCCCUUCACAAAAUACAGAGAAUAUCUCAUAUUUUUGGGUUUUCUUCAAUAUCAAGUUCUAUUUUUCUAAGGUAAUGCAGAACUCAAGGUCUCUUGAUUAGAGACAAUGUGCAACUUUACAAUGUAUGCAAAUGCAGGACGGGUUACCACUGAGCUGAUUUGUGGACAACUCAGUGUCUUUCAGAAAACAACCAAUAAGCACUCCGAACAGCUGUUUGUAUGGAUGCCUCUUGGCUGCUGUCUCUCUCUCUCUGUGAGACAGCUGUUGUGCUUUUCCGUUUCUCUUCAGUGGAACGAUUGUAACUGCAUGAUUUUACUGCCAGAUAAAGAUGGCGUUGUGGCCAGACUUCUGCUUUCCUCCCCGUUAUAAAUUGUUUUAUUUUCUUUGUUUUUUAAGAAUCACUUGUAAAUGUACUGCAGGGGUCAGCCAUUGUAUUUAAACUAUUGCUUGUAUCCAUUUUUAGUGAGUACAGUAUGUGUAUGGUGAGGCCAGUUGAAAUAAACAUGUCUGUAGAAGAUGCUUUUUAAAGGAAUACACCUCUCACCCUACAUUACUGAGCUGGUUUCAUACUGUUGUCAGAAUCACUUUUGUACUUUUUUCCAAUUUCAAGUGUUUAAAACCUUAUUAAAUUGAACUGGCUGAA